UGGACUGUCUUGAAAAGAACCCGAAUUCCCCCGUUGCGUCAAGAGGAAGCAGCGGAGGAAACAAAUAGGAAAUGAAUCUGACCAAGUUGUCUUCUUCUCCUUCUUCUUCCUCGCUCGUUCUCUCUUCAGGUAUUUGGCGGAUUUGAUUUCAACCUGCGAUGGCUUCCAAGCGGAUCUUGAAGGAGCUGAAGGAUUUGCAGAAGGAUCCUCCCACUUCCUGCAGCGCAGGACCUGUUGGGGAGGACAUGUUUCACUGGCAAGCGACGAUCAUGGGUCCGCAAGACAGCCCUUAUGCGGGAGGAGUGUUUUUGGUCACAAUUCAUUUUCCUCCUGAUUAUCCUUUCAAACCCCCGAAGGUUGCAUUCAGGACAAAAGUUUUUCACCCGAACAUUAACAGCAAUGGUAGCAUCUGUCUCGACAUCUUGAAGGAGCAGUGGAGCCCUGCCUUGACAAUUUCCAAGGUGUUGCUCUCAAUCUGUUCCCUUCUGACGGACCCGAACCCUGAUGAUCCAUUGGUGCCGGAGAUUGCGCACAUGUACAAGACGGACAAGGGAAAGUACGAGCAGACUGCGAGGAGCUGGACUCAAAAGUACGCUAUGGGUUAGCCUAGCCUGAUGGGGUAUGUCUAUCUGUCGUCGUGAUUCAUGAAGUAUUGCUUUAUGUGAAAAAAACAUGCCAUGCCUAUCUUAAUUAUUAUUAUUAUUAUGCUAUAUGAUAUGUCGGUUUUAUGUAAUGGGACCGGUUGGACCGUGCAAGAAAAAGCUUGAAAGCCAAUGCGCUCAUGGGUUUGAUGAAACGUCGCAUAUGAAAUAACCAGAGAGAGACUGUAUGCGACGUACAACUGUGAAAUAUAACUAAAUUAAUCUGUUUUUGUUGUGUU